AUGUCAGUAUUUUUGGGAAGUUCAGCACAAUUUUCACAAGCCACAGUAGAUCCAGAAAAGAUAAAAUUGGCCGAUAUACAAUUUCUGGCUAUGGCGUUUACAUUUAAUAAAUUAUUACAAAGAUGUGAAUCAAAAUGUUUAUUACAUGAAUAUGGUGAAAGUGAAUUAACUAAAGGUGAACAAGAAUGUAUAGAUCGAUGUGUAUCGAAAUAUAUCAAAGCUAAUGUAAUUAUUGGUGAACAUUUACAAAAACAAAGAAUGGAUCCUUAUAAUGCUAUGCCCGAAUAUCGAAAAGUUCAAGAUAUUUUGGCUUCUUCGGUAAAGUCGUGA